AUGAAGAUACUCGCAGCAGGAACCACAGCUGCGGUAGUGACCUCGACGGCAUUCCUUCCCGCGACGCACGGCUGGUGGGACAACGGGCACAUGCUCGUCGGCGAGGUGGCCAAGCAGCUUAUGAACGAGGCAGACGUCAUUACGAUUGAGAGCAUUCUAUCCAAAUGGAACGAAGACUUUCCCAAUACUGGCGAGAUCACUACGAGUGCGGUUUGGAUGGAUCUCAUCAAAUGCACAUCUGUCAGUUCAUACUGCCAGUCCCCUUUAACUCCUUCCAUCACGAGUAUGAGUGAUUGGCACUAUAUCGAUCUGCCCGUGAACAUUAACGGCGACAAGUGGGAAGAUAAAGACGCCGAUCUGUCCCUGUUUGACGACACCAUGGGAGGUGACGCUGUGUCGGUCAUUGAAGGAGCGUUGAAGUCCUUCAAGACGACCAAGUCGAGCUGGGCUGUCAACCUGUUCCUUCGCAACUUCAUCCACAUCUUCGGUGACCUUCACCAGCCUCUCCACACAGUCGCCGGUGUCAGUGAAGCCUUCCCGGAAGGCGAUGGUGGCGGUAACAGCGAGUACUUCGUGUCUCCGUGUGCCUUCAGCAACCUACACGCUGUCUGGGAUGCAGCCGGCGGUCUCUACAGCUUGAACAACUGGGCACUCGACAUCGACGACUUCAAGUCGACGCUUCAGAGCAACGCCACAGAGCUCAUCUCUCUGCUGCCAAACAUCUCAGACACCUUGAACUUCUCUCAAUACGAGAACGCGACAUACAACGAGCUCUACACGGCGCUAGUAACCAACUCGGGACUGCGCGAGGUGAUCCUCGAGACCUACUCGUACGCUGAUACGGUAGUCUACAGCGGAUUGGACCUCAACGCGACCAGUUCAGGCAACUAUCCGUGUCCGUCGUCCUCCUACCUCUCCAUGGCUGGUGAAAUCUCACAGAAACGCAUUGCGAUGGGCGGCAGUCGUCUCGCUAUUAUCCUCAAACACUUUGCAGCCCAAGUUCGUGCACUUGGUCUGGCAGAUUAACGAGUAAGCUCAUCAGGUGGAAUAACAAGUUCAUAAGGUGGACUUGUUAUUCCAGCCAUUCGUAAUAAAUUCAUGAACUCGUUCAGAUUUUACGUGACACUAAAAACUUGCAGCCGAGAUAAAUGCACGACUUGAGCACUG